UCUUACGUCAAGCUCGAGUGUCCUGGGAUAUACAACGAGCGCUACCAUCGAUAAGUACGAUACAUUGACAGCGUAUGAAGACGUUAGACCGAAAGUGACCGUCAUUUCAGAGGAGUCGGUUGUCAGUCGCGUUUAGUGUUAUAGGAAACGUUGUAGCUACUUUUACCUCACUUUAAAGUGUUUUUUUUUAUCUCGAAGCGCACUUCCGGGUUGUGUGUUAUCGGUUAUAAAUAACUCUAUCUAUAUACGUGACAUUGUAGCUCACGUUAUAUAACCCCCACGCGCAGACGAAUCUUCGCAGGUCAAUGGCGAUGAAGUGCAUUUGGCUUUAUUACUUGUAAAAACGACGUGAUGAGUAAAGCUAUGGGUGCAACUCACAGCUCUCGGUGGGCCUCGGGUCGAUAUGCGUCUUCAGCUGCAGGACCGUCAGCCUCACUUUCAGAGGAGGAUCUGUUCCCUGUUCCUCUGGAGAUCUUGGAGGAGAUCUUCCUGAAUCUUCCUCCCCAUCAGGUGGUCAGUGUUUGUCGGUUAGUGUGUUGUCAGUGGAAAGAAGUGGCUGACAGUGAGUCCCUGUGGAGAGAGAGAUGUAGAAGAGAAGGAUAUCACCGCCGUGAUACUUCUAAAAUACCCAAAGACUGGAGGUUGUUUUACUUCUUGUGCAAACGGAGACGAAAUCUUCUCAAGAAUCCGACAGGAGAAGAAGACAUGAAGAACUGGCAGAUAGUAGAGAAUGGUGGUGAUCAUUGGAAAGUAGAUGAAGUGAUGGUGCCACACCCAAAUGAGUCCAUUCAGAAAAACUUUGUGACCUCUUACAGAAUGUGCAGGAAGUCCCAGCUGAUUGAUUUGGAGGCGGAAGGUUAUAACUCGUCGUUCAUGGAUCACUUCCAGCCAGCCAUCAGAAUAUCCGAUUGGUAUGCACCACGAUGGGAUUGUGGCAGUGAAUAUGUGAUCUGUGUAGAGUUGCUUGAUCACAGAAAAAAGCCUGUCCAGAUGUUUGCUCCUGACACCGUUGAGUUUGAGCAGUGGAACGAUCAGAAAUGGAAUCAGAUGACCCAUGUAUUCCAGAACUAUGGACCAGGAGUGAGAUACAUCUCUUUCACCCACGGUGGCAAAGACAGGCAGUACUGGGCAGGAUGGUAUGGAAUUCGCAUCACCGACAGCUGCGUUGAGAUAUGUCCAGCAUUGGACACAUAGCUCCGAGGGAUUCACCUGCCUGCUUCCUGCCUUUUCCUAAAAUUGCACCUUCUUUCUGGAAGUCUAUCUUUCUUUGGGUUAAAGUAUAUGAAUACUGUAUGUGUAUCAGUUUUGCUAUGAAAUGUCAUUUUCAAAACGCCCACAAUGUAAUCCUUAAGAAGAUGCAUUGCACGCUUUAGUGCUACUGUAUAUGGUUCAAGUUUAAUAGUGCGAUUACAGCUUAACUGAACAUGUGUAAGAUAUUUGUCCUAACACCAGUGGAAUUGAAAAUGUAAAAAAAAAAAAAGCUGUUCUAAAUUAUG